AUGUCCCCUACUACCGUUACGUCUACCGUAACGACAGCCGCUACACAUACCGCAGCGCAUGUCACGUGCCCCGCCGUAGCGACAGAUGCGCUUUGUGCCGUAAGUACUGGCGCGGAGGUACUGCAGAAGGAGAGCCCUACGGCGUUAGACAGCUCUGUACUGGAAAUCCUGGGCGAAGAUCCGUCUGAAAGUAUACAGUACGGAAGCGAGAUACGUAAAGAAUUAGCAAACAGGCUCGAACACAUCGCCACUACUGGCCUAUCAAAAGAAGUGCGCAAAGAAUUAUUAGAGGCCUAUCUUAUACCGGCAAACUGUACCAAGAUUGGCGCACCCCUGAUGAACGCGGAAAUUAAGGCUGCCGUUACCGACGUAAUAACCAAAAGGGACAAGGGCAUCGAAAUGCGACAAAAACAGCUAGCAUGUGCAAUUUCAGGGCUAGCAGGAGUAAUUAAUACAGAACUUGAGUCCAGUGAAAAGAACAAUGAGCGGCUGAAGCAACUCAUGGAUAUAGGCCGCAUUCUUUGCGACGUACAACAUAGCGAGUCAGUUACUAGACGUAACUUUGCCAUAUACUCUAUAAAAAAGGAUCUCAAGGAUCAUAUAACAAAUACCAAAAUCGACAAAUACCUGUUCGGCGAGGAACUGGCGGAAACUUUAAAGACUGCCAAAGCAGUAUCAAAAUCGGGCACUGAAUUAAAAGUGAAAAGCCAAGUUAGAAGCGUGAAACCAUUCACACCUACCAGCAAUUUAAACUGGAGAGCGCGGGCCCCAGCACGCAGGCAGCAGGGCCCUCAGCGAAACCGCGAGCCUGCUCAUCGCUCAUCGACGCCGGGUCCAUCUUCAAGACACACACGAACUCCGAGGCACGGCUACUCGUCCAAGACAUCGCAGCCUCCGCAAAGACAACAGCGGCGUCGAUCUCUAGUUGCAGCCUGCCCGGCAAUCGAAUACGGUCUCCUCUAUACAAAGGAAUUUGAAAGAUGCAAGUUUCUUAAUCUAAAAGACGAUGACAACUAUGACAGACACAUGACUCUGCCAGACACACUACUGCCAGAUUUUCAUUGGUGGCUUAAAGCUGUCAAGCACUCAAUAACCAAAGAUAUCUGGCAGUGGUGUGAAUCUCGCAAUAUACAUAUAUUCGCCUCCUACAUCAAAUCAGCAGAAAAUGUAGUAGCUGAUGCCGAAUCUCGGCGCACACACCCAGAUAUUGAAUGGGAAUUGGCCGAUGGGGCAUUUAAAGAAAUCACAAGGAAAUUCGGGCAUCCUCAAGCACCAUGUCUUCACCGGAACCUCCUGCAGAUCGGGGUUCUAGACGAAGGCUUCAGACCCCAAGUGACGUGGAACCAAAUGAAGCCCGAGAAGCCACGCGAAGUCAAAGUCCCAGUCCUACGUGUCAUCCUCGUCGAGAAUCUGGCAGCAUGCGAUCUGAAGGCCGGCGUCGUUCUUCAAGACGUAACUGCGACAGAAGAUCAACGAGUCGGAGGCACCGCAGCCGGUCUCCACCUGGUCGGCACCACACCUUACCCCACGCUGAGCAACGUGUCACAAGCCAAGCUCAGCAGCAGGAGGAACAGCACGCUGAGCAUCGGCCUGAGAGACGGGCCAAGCGACCAGCCGAGCAUCGUGACGACGCUGGACGAUAUGAAAGGUCACGUAGCCCUUCUUUUUCCAAAAAGGAUUUAG